AUCCAACCAAAAAGACAAAAGCAAAAAAAACAAACAUGAAGCCUCUUGCUGUAAUAUUAGUAGCACUCUCAUCAUCCGUUAUGGUGUGGUCUGGGUCAGCCGAAAACUGCGGCUGGCAAUACGGAGGAGCAUUGUGUCGAAACGGCCAAUGCUGCAGCCAAUGGGGAUGGUGCGGCACUUCAGACGAUUACUGUGGAAAUGGUUGCCAGAGCCAAUGCCACGGUCCUCUUCCUCCCUCGCCAGCCAAACAAUGUGGAUGGCAAAACGGGGGAGCAUUGUGCCCAGACGGCCAAUGCUGCAGCCAAUGGGGAUGGUGUGGCGCUUCGGACGAUUACUGUGGGAAAGGAUGUCAGAGUCAAUGCGACGCCAAAAAAUGUGGAUGGCAAAACGGGGGGAAAUUGUGUCCAAACGGCCAAUGUUGCAGCCAAUGGGGAUGGUGCGGCAAUUCAGACGAUUACUGUGGACAGGGUUGCCAGAGCCAAUGCCACGUUGAACAAUGUGGGUGGCAAAACGGGGGAACAUUGUGUCCAAAUGGCAAAUGCUGCAGCCAAUGGGGAUGGUGCGGAAUCUCGAACGCUCAUUGCGGGGAAGGAUGCCAGAGCCAGUGUCACAUCGCUUCUCCUCGAUCUCCACCGCCAGUUUCUAAACUGAUAUCAAGAUCGCUGUUCGAACAAAUGCUUCCUCACAGGAACAAUCCCGCUUGUUCAGCUAGAGGGUUCUACACUUACGACGCUUUUCUCAAGGCCGCCAGUUCGUUCCCAGGCUUUGGCACCACUGGCGAUGAAGCCACCCGCAAGAGGGAGAUCGUCGCCUUCUUUGGUCAGACCUCCCAUGAGACUAACGGAGAAGAGCCAACCGCGCCAGAUGAACCAUACGCGUGGGGAUACUGCAUCAAGGAAGAGGUCGAGCCAUGGUCCGACUACUGCGAACCCGGUAGCAGCCGGUGGCAAUGUGUUCCUGGCAAACGCUACUUCGGCAGGGGUCCCUUUCAACUCAGCUGGAACCACAACUACGGACCAUGCGGAGAAGCCCUAGGCUUGGACUUGCUCGGAAACCCCGACCAUGUGGCCAACGACAGUGUCAUUUCCUUCAAAACGGCCCUAUGGUUUUGGAUGACGCCACAAGCCCAGAAACCCUCAUGCCACGAAGUUAUAACCAGCAAGUGGGUGCCAUCAAAAAAUGACGUCAGAGCGGGAAGACUUGCUGGCUAUGGAGCCAUCACCAACAUCAUCAAUGGAGGGCUCGAGUGCGGGAUCCAUGAGGAUGCUCGAGCCAGGAGCCGCAUCGGCUUCUACAAGAGGUACUGUGAUAUUCUUGGGGUGACUCCUGGCGACAAUCUUGAUUGCGACAACCAGUUGCCUUUCGGGUUUGGUCCGUCGUUGGACGCUACUGUCUGAGCGACAAAGUAUUCUCUUAACGUACGGGCCGCAUAUAUGUAUCCUACCUCAACAAAUUAAUGAAUAAAAUCGUACUGUUAUGGUAUGGAGAGUUUAUAUA